ACCUCUGACUCACACAUUAAAGCCAAUGGUUUACAAAUCAAAUAAUUACAGUACACUAAGCUCAUGGUGGCUUAUCCGUGGACUCUGAUGCACUGAGACAGAACCUGUCUACUCCCGCUCUUGGCCUCGCACAGUCCUUUUUAAAGAGAUAAAAGGAGCAGCCUGGGUCUCUUGGUCGCACGCAAACCCAAUCAAGGCCUUUUGCAUCCUUAACAAGCGGCCCAGCGGGGGAACCCGGCCCUUAAAGGCGAUCUAGCCAGGCCCCUCUUUGAAAUCGCUCAAUCUAUUUUAAUGAUUGGUUCGCUCGGGCGACAUCAAAGGCGCCUCCAAUCGCCACAAUCCUGAUAGGCUGACAGCGAGCCAAAAUCAAAGUGUUGGGGAGGGGGCGAAUCUGAGCGCAGGAGGAGAAAGAUUGCAGGUUGGGGAGGAAGGAGGACUUUGGCAUAGAGAGGGGGAGCGGAGCAGGUUGCCACUUCGGGGCUUCCGGCUCUGCUGAGUUUAGGCGCCCUUUCCGUGGCUAGAGCUGGAUGACCCCGAUCCCAAUGGCAACUUUGGCGGUGCCGAAGUCGGCGAACCACUUCACCUCGUUUCUGCAGGACCGGUCUCCUAACUCAUCUCCAGAGGACAUCACUGUCAACUACCCCACCUUGGCCUUCCGAGCAGCACCUCCUCUGCCCUGUUCUUCAGCCAGCUCACCAGGGUCCUAUGAAUCUAUGGGGAUGUUUCAACUCUGGAACAAUGAGAUGCCAACACGCUCUCACACAACCAUGGCGUUUGGACGACCCAAAAUGCCAUAUCACGAGCAAAUGGUGGCUAGCAAUAGCAGUGCCUCAUCCCACGAACUGUCGCUGACACCACCAGCUGAGGCCAUCUACUCAUUGGAGUGGUCACCUGUCAAGAUGUUGGCGCCCACAGUGCAUCCCUCAUAUGCUUUCCCGGAAGCCCAGGACUCCUCCAGUUUUCUACAGGGCCCGUGGCCUUUGGGUACAGCUGUCCCUCCAGGCCCCCCCUGCACUGAGGAUGCCCCUUGGUGGACCCUGCAGCAGCCAAGCAAUUUCUCUCUUGGACAUUCACUAGUCCUCAGUCCCCAGCCUCCCCUCGCACCCUUCCUGCAGAGCCCUCCCAAAGGGCUGUUGAGUACAGCUCGCCGCUGUCGUCGCUGCAAAUGCCCCAAUUGCCAGGGAGCCAGCAGGUCCCUUGAAGAGCCAGGGAGGAAGAAGCAGCAUGUCUGCCAUCUGCCAGGGUGUGGCAAGGUUUAUGGCAAAACCUCUCACUUGAAGGCCCACCUCCGCUGGCAUGCAGGCGAGCGCCCCUUCAUUUGCUCCUGGCUGUACUGUGGGAAGAGCUUCACUCGCUCAGAUGAGCUGCAAAGGCACCUCCGGACACACACAGGGGAGAAGCGCUUUGGCUGCCAGCUGUGCCCCAAGAGAUUUAUGCGGAGUGACCACCUAGCAAAGCAUGUCAAGACCCACCAGGGAAAGCGGGUGCAGAAUGUGGCUGUCGUGACAGCAGCAGCAGCAGUGGGCAUCAAGCGAGAGUGAUGUUAAAUAAAGAGGCCUUAAAGAGUAGAGAUGAGGUCAAGGAAGCAAGGAGAAGGCUACAGCAGGCUUACGGUAUCUGGAUUGCAAAAACCUGGACAGCCAUCAUCAGCAAAGAGAUGGCUUGUAGUACAUACUUUUCUACCACCUACUGAUUUGCAGUCCUUGCUAAGGUGCAACUGAAUUCAUUUUACACCCAACAUUAAUAUCGACCAAUCAUAUUUUUUUCCCAAGAGCCUGGCAACUGUAGAUCAGUGGGAUGCUAUGAAAUCUCAGUCAGUAAAUCUGAAGUCCUGCAAACAUUCCCUAGCAAGAGUGAAUGAUUGGUUAAAUGGUGAUUCCUGAACAUCCUCCAUUCCACUGGUAUAAAAACAGGAGCAGGCGGAUAAUUCUUUUGUGUCAGGGAGCCAGAUAAUAAAUCCUGGGCUCUCUAGGACUAAAUGGCUGCCAGGUCACAAAACUUCUAUUUCCAGAAGGCAAAUUGGUGAGUUGCUCCCCACUACUCCCCACAACUACUUCAAACCUCCCCUCUCUCACCCUACCUUCUUUAUAACCCUAGAUUACUUUUGGGAGGAGCGAUGUUCCUUUAUCUAGAUGUUCCUUUAUCUAUCCUCAAGAGUACAUUUCUAACAGAAAACUGGGUUGAAAUGCAAAGUAACUUUAUUUUUUAAAUGUGGUUAUUAGAUCUGAAGGCAAUCUUGGGAAAUAAAGAGACUAGUGCUUUGCUUUGUGGCAGGCCAAUUUCCAACUAGCUUUUUUAUUUUAAAACUUCUUGAAAAUAUUGUUGUCAUGCUGGAUAAGGUGCCUAAUGGUGAUCAGGGAAGUGUCCACAGAAACAAUCAAAUGCAUGCACUGAAAGGAAGUUAAUAGGUAAUUAAUGCCUUGGGUUACCUUGAGAAUUUGUAGCAAGUACGAAACAGAGUUGGCCCACAUAGAUGAAUCUAUAUACUUCUAAAACUCUUGUAUCUGUUUGAUUGUUUGUAACCUUCAACUGGGUGAAAUAGUGCAUCAUGGGGCAACCGUUUUGGAAUCAAUGUAUCUCAAAUGAGAGAAUGCAUCCAAAAUCUGGGAUCCAUGACUCCUGUCUGAAUGAAAGGUGGUAAAUUAGUGGCUGCUUCAGUGCUGCCUCACUGCCAAAGUUAGCUGCAGUCAGCCAUGGUCAUGUGAUCACCGUUUCCAAUGCUUCCUCCAGCUUUCUACAAGAAAAGUCAGUGGGGAAGCUGGCAGGAAGUCAGAAGUUGCUUUUGCUCCCACUGCUUUGCGUGCCAAUAGUCAUUCAGUUUCUCUGUUAGGAAAGGAAAUAUCUCUGAAACAAUAAGCCAAUGCAGCAUGGGUUAUCUAAUACACUUUUAAAUAAAUUCUCAGUCAAAGUC